UUUAUUGCCCUUUAUAACCGCCUGGCGACGAGUUUUUUGGGCGACUUUCUUCAACGAAUUCUUCUGCGGAAUUUUGAACGCAUUGGGAUUCCAAGAUGGCUGCUUCUCAUGGAUCACCCGACAUUCAAGAUACCGAAGCAAGUCAAGGGAACUGGGAGCGGACGAUUGAGGACCUGACUGCAGAGCUGCAAAAGACGAGUUUGUCUGCUCAGGUCCUCCUCAAGCGCGCCGCAGCGUUCAAAGCGGUGAGCAAGUAUGAUGAGGCUCUCAGAGAUAUCAAGACAGCGCUCAGCUUGGACCGAAAUAAUGCAGACGCAAUCAACGCGAUGCGGGAUUUGCUUAGGACAACGUCAGAGGAGACGGCGUCAAACAAGGUCUCGCUGAAAGGCUUCCUAUUACAGGCUACCGGCUCUAUAUCGAACGAUGAUAAGGACCGACUAAAAAAGACGCGACAAGCGUUUGAAGCCGCACAACGCUUAAUGGUGCUUUCCAAAGAGCCAGAUGUUUGUGGGAGAUUAGUGAAGGAAGGUGGAGUAGAGCUUUUGUUUCCUGCAAUGAUACGGGAGCGCGAAACCAAUGGAGAACAGGGAGCCCCAUCGCUGCAGGCUGCUUUGCUUUCCAUCAUUGGGAACAUUGCAAACAUUCCGGAACACGCUCCCCUGUUACUGCCAUACAUUACAGAGGAAACAAUCAGCCUGUUUUUGGGUGAACAGGACGCCAUGUCCGUGCAAUUAGCGACCGAUAUUGUGUCAACUCUCGUCCUUCAAGCAUCUGGUCAAUUAUCACAACUAGGCCUCACUGAUAACGCGUCCUUCAUCAUCAAGACUCUCACGCGGCGACUGGCGCCAUCGCACAGCGACGUUGUACGGGUUUCAUCUUUCGGUGGCCUGAUUAAGGCGAUUGCCAAUGGAGAUCUCGCCAUGGCAUUAGUGCGAAGCUCUGAGAACGUUGCUUUAUUUGGACUGGUUGAUGACAGUAACGAGAAAAUACGCGGCCUGGUCCCGGCCGCGCUCGCGCGCAUCUUUGAGCAAGUUGACGACAAGCACGAGAAGGCAGUCCAGGAAGCGUGCUACAGACUCAUUCGAGACUGGCUGGACGGAGAAAAUUCUAGUAAGAAAUCCAAAGGCUUACUUGCCCUUGCUGCGGUUUUCCAAGCUCGCAGCUCAUACGGGAGUGCGAUCUUGAUGAAACCUGGCUUGUUGGAAUCAAUAAUGGAUUGCAUCGAAUUUGAGCCAGUAGAAAUCCAACUGGCCACCAUAGAAGUACUUUCAAGCGCUUGUGCGGAGAAGGAUUGCAGGACCCUUGUGGCCAAUACGUGCUCACCGUUUCUGCAGAAAAUGAUCAAAGAGCAGGAUGGUCGGUUGCGGAGUGCUGCCUCUGUAACAGUGACAAAACUGGUUUCUGCAAAUAAAGAUUUGGGAAAGCUUGUUGACUUGAAUCCUUUGACUAUGGCUGAAUCAUUCGUCGUCACUCUCAGUGAUGGCAAAGCGGAUACUACGUCAAAGCUGCGGGCGGUAGAGGGACUCGCGUACUUGACUAUGCAGCCUGCCAUAAAGGAAAAACUGGCAUACAACCUCUCCUUUAUGAAAACUUUAUUGGGAUUUGUCACGUCGGAGGAUCGGGCACUACAUUUUGGAGUAGUCACCAUUAUCGCCAACCUCACAUCCUACCGGCGGAAGCUUACCCAGGAGGAAGAACAAGUCCGCAAGUUACGGGAGAUGGCAAAGGACAUUUCUGUAGAGAAGCCUGACCCCCUUGACGAUGAUCUUCCCGUGGCCAAGCGGGCGCUCAUGGCGGCUCAAGCUGGCGCCAUAUCCGCGGUGGUCCACCUAGCCAAAUCAGAUAGUCCCCGAAUUCGUGAUACAAUAUCCCAGAUAUUUCUAAACUUUGCAACCGACAAGCGUCUUCAUGGCGUUAUCGUGCAGCAAGGUGGGGCAAAAGCAUUGGUUGAGCUCACAAAGAGCGGAACUCCAGAGGGCAUCGCAAUCGCCGCUCAGGCUCUAGCAAAAGUGGCCAUUACCGUCGAUCCGAACUUAGCCUUUAAGGGUCAGCGCGCUGCCGAGAUCGUCCGACCGCUUAUAGCACUAUGUAAUGGUGAAAAUGGGCUACGGCAAUUCGAAGCACUAAUGGCACUCACAAAUUUGGCGAGCAUGAAUGAUGAGGUUCGCACAAGAAUCGUACAAGCAGGCGGGGUAAAAGCCAUGGAGUAUCUUCAAUUUUCUGACAAUGAGAUGAUCAGACGAGCCGCGACGGAAGCGUUAUGCAAUAUGAUGUUUGACCCACAGGUAUAUAACAGCUACGCGAACGCGGGUCAAUCUCAUAGACUUCGAAUGUUUGUGGCACUUUCGGAUGCGGAGGACUUUGGAACAAGGCGUGCGGCAGCCGGUGCGCUGGCAAUCCUGAGUUCAAGUGAGAAUGCUUGUAGACUCAUAAUGGAGGAAAGUCGCGGGAUCGAGGUAGUCAUGGGCAUGGUCAAAGAGGAAGAAACGCAUGCGGAAUUGCAUCACCGCGGAGUGGAAUGCUUGAAGAACCUUGCUAAGGCUAACGCGGAUUACGCACGCCGAUUAGAGGCGGCGGGUGCUGUCAAAGCAUUAAAGAGAUUAUUGUUAGCCAAUGAUGAAGCUGUUGCCCAUGGAGCGGCAGAGGCGUUGUCGAGUUUUCAAGAUCAGGGCAUUAGCAUAAUGUAGGGCUACUCAUGGGAGCAGUUGAUUUUGUAUUAUAGCGUGUAAGUAGAUAAAUAAAUGGGAUCUUCAUUCUAUGCCUUUUUGUAAAAGAGAAAAUCAAACAGCUGAGGUUCUAGAAAUUCCCCGCUGCGAUCAACCAUGAAACCC